AAUUCCGCUAAGAUUCAUUGGAAACAAAAAUCAAAUACAAAGUCAACAUACUUAAACUCUUUGUCACAUACACGGCAAUCAUCAUUCCAGCGAUACAAAAGAAAGGUCAAAAGAUUUUUGAUGAGCUAAUGAAGAAAAUCACUCUUGAGCUACAUGAUCGCAGAAAACGCAUCUACCUCAAAGGAUCCAACAAGGAGUCCAAAGACUCUAUCAUUCCGUCCACACUUUAAGGUUCACUACUAUGUUUAAGGAAUUUAGCAAAUAAUUGCUUGCUGGUGAUCAGAAUAUGGGUUCGUCCGCGUCUAAGCCGGAUAAAAACAUAAACAUUGCUGGUGAUCAGAACAUGGGAACGUCCGUGCCUAAGCCGGUUAAAAACAUAGUUCUAGUAGGGCGUUCUAUCAAUGGAAUAUGCACCACUGGGAACACCAUCCUCGGUCAAAAAAAGUUCAGCUCCGAAGGUGCUUUCAGGCACUCUCAGAUGUAUAGUACCACGACACCAGAUGGUCAAAUGAUCAAUGUGAUUAAAACUCCUGGUAUGUUCGAUUUGUCCGUGUCCGAAGACUUCAUAAGUAAAGAAAUAAUCAAUUGCUUAACUUUGGUGGAAGAAGGCAUAGAUGCUGUGUUGUUUGUUCUAUCUAUAAGGAAUCGGAUCUCACAAGAGGAAGAGUAUGCACUUAAUACCCUGCAGCGCAUAUUUGGGAGUAAAAUCUUUGAAUAUAUGAUUUUAUUGCUCACUAACGGGGAAAAGUUCGAGGCGAACGAGUUUGAAGAUUAUUUUCGGGAAUGUUGUCCUGAAUUUCUUAUGAAAGUUCUCAGAUUCUGCAAUGCCCGAAAGGUCUUGUUUAAUAACAUGACUAAUGAUGAAGGCGUGAAGGCUGAACAAGUCAAUCAGAUUAUGGCCCAUGUCGCAGCAAUUAGUAAGAAAAUAAAUCCGUAUACUAACGAUAUGUAUCGUCAUAUAAAGAGUGUAGCAGCACAUGAAGAAGAGUCGCAUUCCCUAAACGACACAUUUCAGUAUGAUCCAUAUCUGUCUCCACUUCCCAUAUCAGUUCUAGUAGGGCGUACUGGAAAUGGAAAAAGCGCAACAGGGAACACCAUCCUAGGUCAGAAAAUGUUCGCUUCGGAACUACAAGAAGGAGGUGUUACCAUGGAAUGUAAGAUGUAUAGAACUGCAAUAAAAGAUGGUCCAAUAAUCAAUGUGAUUGACACUCCUGGUCUGUUUGAUUCGUCGGUGUCUGCUAACUAUAUUACUACGGAGAUCGUCAAUUGCUUAACUAUGGCGGAAGGAGGAAUUCAUGCCUUCCUGUUUGUUUUAUCUGCCGGGAAUCGGAUUACACAAGAAGAAGAGUCCACACUUGAUACCUUGCAGUUGAUUUUCGACAGUAAAAUUCUUGACUAUAUUAUUGUUGUGUUCACUGGGGGUGACAAACUAGAAGCAAACGAGCAGACAUUGGACGAUUAUUUUCGUGAAGUUUGUCCUGAGUUUUUAACAAGGGUUCUUCGAUUGUGUGGUGGUCGAAAAGUCUUGUUUAAUAACAUGACUAAGGAUAUAGUCAAGAACACUAAGCAAGUCAAGCAACUUCUGGCCCAUGUCGAAGCUAUUGAAAAGAAUAAUGGUGGGAAACCAUAUACUAACCAGAUGCAUCGCAUGAUAAAGGAAAAGAGUGAUAAGUUUAGGGAACAACAAAGGAAAGUUAAGUCUAAAAACUUUGCAGCAGAAAUAGAAGUGAUGAAGCGUGAUUUAGAAUUGGAGCAUGACGAAAAAAUGAGACGGAUGACACAACUUUUGGAGAGAAGGCUUAAACAGAAUUCCGAAGCACAUGAAAGCGCGAUGCGUAAGAUGAGAGAAGCUAUGAGAGAAAUCACAAAUAAAGAUUGACCAAAGAGGUUAGGUGUGAUCGUUGCACAUCUUCCAAACUGACAUCAAGUUUUAUUUUUGUGUGUUUAAUGUUACUCUUUCUUGAAUGAAAUUUCCUUGUAAUG